CUAAGGAUUGCUAUAGCCGGCUUCACUGAGUUUACUACGAAAGGCCAGGAUGCGGUCACGUUACUGAAUAUAGUAAUCUAUGAGCUUGUACGGUUUUGUUCGUACUUUAUUUUUAUCACAUGUAUACCCUCAUAACCUGGCCAGGAUAGAAGCUAUGUGUAAAGAACUUAAGGCAACGGUUCUACGUUUAUUACCGCAAGCUUCAAAUGGGCCACUGUCGCAAAUCGGGGACAAACAAGAUAGACUACAAAUCCUGAAAUCAACAGCAAAGGCGUUAAAAGAUGGAAACGUUGUGGCAGUUCCUACAGACACAAUUUAUGGUUUGGCUUGCUUGGCUCAAAACUCAGCAGCCAUUGAGAAGUUGUAUAAUAUCAAAGGGAGAAAUGUCAAUAAACCUUUAGCCAUUUGUGUCGGAGAAGUACAAGACAUAUAUAAGUAUUGUAAAGUGGUUGUAAAAGAAGAGCUUCUUAAUGAUCUGUUUCCUGGUCCAGUAACACUGGUCCUUGAAAGGUCUGCCACACUGAACUCGGACCUCAAUCCAUUUACUAAGCUUGUAGGAGUCCGCAUCCCAGACCACCCAUUUAUAAGACGCUUGUGUCAGAUGUGUAAUGAGCCACUUGCUCUAACAAGUGCUAAUGUUAGUAAUCAGGCCAGCACUGUUGCUGUUCAUGAGUUUGAGGAACUGUGGCCAAGCCUGGCCGUUGUAGUAGAUGGUGGACCUAUUGCAGACCAGAGUCGCCUGGGCUCAACAGUGGUAGACCUCUCUGUCCCUGACAAAUAUCGUAUCAUAAGAACUGGCUGCGCAUGUUUGGCCACAGUUGAUGUACUUGAGAACAAAUGUGGAUUAUCAAAGGAUUAUUUUAGUUAAUACGUUUUUAGAUCUCCACUGCCUAUCUGAUGUGCACAACCCAUGAAUGUUUAACACAGGCCAAGAAAAUUCUAAGUAUUUGGAUGUAGAACCCAACUGAAAGUAGCCAGAAAAUCUCAGGAAAUUGGAUCAUACUCAUCAAUGAGAAUAUUAACCUAUUACCUAUUGGAUUUUACACUUUGACAUGAUUGGGGAUAUCUUGGGCUUUUACUUAAGAGUAAAUCAUACAUUUUUGGGACUUUAUCCACUAUGAAGGUGACGCACUGAAACAAAGUUGGUAAAUCUUUUUAUUUCCUUCUAGGCCCGUCUCUCAGCACAUCGAAGUGUUUAAUACUUUUGUUGGUGGAUAAUAAUGGAAUCAUUAUUUUCUCAUAACACAGAAUAUUGGACUUUUAGCAUCAAAUUUGCAACUAGCAGGAAGUGUUUUCCUUUUUUUUUUUCUUUUUUUUUUUUUUUCAUUCAAUCUUUUAUUUAUUUGCAUUUGAUAUACCGUACUCUCUGGAAGAGUUGUUGAAAAUUUAAACAAAAGAUGGAUCUAAUGUGAAUGGUGCAAGUAACACUGCUCUGUUUCAUUGAGGACCAAAGAUGCUUCAUUUAUUCAUCUGACUGUACACAGUUUUGGUUAGUUCUGCAAUAUUGCAAAUGUCAGUAAUCAGUGCCAGUUUGUUUAAUAGAAUGUAUGUAAACUAAUACAAAUUAAAGUACAUCUUAAUCCAUU